AUGGAAAUGGACAAAGAACCAUAUGAUUACAUUUUUAAAAUAAUUAUUAUUGGAAAUGGUAGUUGUGGGAAAACCAGCAUAUUGUAUCAUUAUUUGAAUGGGAAAUAACCAAAGAAUGUCGCCUAGACAGUAGGUGUUGAGUUUUCAUCCAAGAUGAUUUCUAUUAAAGGGAAAUCCAUAAAAUUGUAGUUAUGGGAUACAGCAGGUCAAGAGCGAUAUCGAUCUAUUGCAAGAACAUAUUAUAGAGGUGCUUUAGGAGCAAUUUGCGUUUUUGAUGUGACAAAUGCAGAAUCCUUUUAAAAUAUGCAGUAAUGGAUAAAAGAUGCAAGAGACUUUGCAAGACCUGAUAUCUGUAUAAUGGCAUGUGGGAAUAAGAUAGAUUUGAUCGAAUAAAGAAGAACUACAGAAGGUUAGGUUUAGAAAUUAGUAAAGGAAUAUUCAAUAGAUUCCUACUUUGAAACAAGUGCAGUUACAGGAGAAUAAAUAGAGAAUAUGUUCUUGUCAUUAUCAGGGAAACUAGUUUAAAGGAUAGACAAUGGAUUAAUAGAGAAAAACGAUUUAAAACCAAUUCUAUUGGCUACACAUUCCUCUAAGGAAGAAGCGAGAGAAUAAACUUGUUCUUGUUGA